AUGAUCGGGGUAUGGUCUAUGGAUUUGACAAUACUGGAAGUUCCUUUGGAUUACUCAAACAGAAGUCUCGGCACGACGUCGAUUGCCUUCAUCAAGCUGGCUGGCAAAAAUGCCACCGUCGCAUCUCCCAGCAUUGUACUCAACCCCGGCGGCCCGGGUGGUUCUGGUGUCGACCUACUCCUCACAUACCAGGAUCUCAUCGGGCAGAUGCUUGGAGAGCAGUACAACUUCGUCUCCUUUGACCCUCGCGGGGUGAAUAACAGUGGCUUGCAUCUCGACUGCUUCUCGGGGGACACAAAAGCAAGAUCAGCUUUCUAUCAACUGCACAGAACAGGCGCUACUAAUAUCUCCUCAACAUCACUUGAGGAACAGUAUUAUUCAAGCUCUAUCUACGGCGAGUGGUGCAACAAUGCUGUCGUGAGCAAGUCAGCCCAUUCAUAUUAUGUGACUACGCCAGCAGUUGCCCAUGAUUUGCUCACAUUUACCGAAGCCGAGGCUGAGUUGGCCGGUCAGUCACCAUCAAACGCUAAACUGUGGUGCUAUAGCAUCAGUUACGGCACUGUCAUCGGCAGCACCUUCGCUUCUCUGUUUCCUGACCGCGUUGGGAGAAUGAUACUCGAUGGUGUUCUGAACGCAGAACAAUAUUAUAACAACUAUUGGACGGACAAUGUUAAUCAAAUGGAUGAAGCCAUGGAAACAUUCUCAACCUUCUGUCAUUCCGCAGGACCUGAAAAGUGCUCAUUCUGGGGACCCACACCGGCUAACAUCACGGCAAGAAUGGAUGGCAUCAUCCGUCAGCUCCAGAACCAUCCAGUCCCGCUAAGCGGCGUCGGAGGUCCAGACCUGCCAACAAUGGUCACAGUUUCAGACCUGAAGACCCUGUUUCUCAACGCACUCUACACCCCACUAGCAUUAUUUCCAAGGAUGGCCGACAUCCUACACCAGGCCGAGGGUGGGAAUGUGUCUGCUCUUGCGGGCAUGUAUGACCAGUCAAACUCUAUAACCGACGCCCGUCUCGCCAUCACUUGCACCGAUUCUUAUCGGAGGAACAGGCUUACUACCAUAGAAGAGUUCGAGAUUUGGGUGGAGUACACGACUUCCAAGAGCAAGUACAUCGGUGAUCUCUACCCCAUAUUCCUCGAAGGUAUCUUAUGCCGAUCAUUCCGACCGCACUUGCCUGAUAGCAUGGUAGUCCAAGGUAGUCAACACCCCUUGUGUCUCUCUCUGCUUUUCGGCAUUCUAUAA